AUGAUUACCCUUUUGGACGAGGGAAGUUCGCGCAAGUUGAGUGCAGGGCAGGUAAUUACGAAUCUUUCCAGCGUCGUGAAAGAGUUGGUAGAGAAUAGCCUAGAUGCCGGUGCCCGUACCGUUGCAAUACGUGUGGAGGAUAGCGGCGCUGGAAAUAUUACCGUGGAAGAUGAUGGAAGUGGCAUGGACUUAUCUUAUCUGCUAGACAGCGAGGGCCGACUGAAAGAGGAUGCUUCCCUGCCCCUGCUAGCCUCGAGGGCGACAACAAAACGAAGGGGGGGCGACAGUGGUCUUUCGUCGCAGGCGGCGCAAACACUGGGUUUUCGUGGCGAAGCGCUCCACUCUUUGGCUCACCUUAGCGAGUUGUCCAUAUGCACAAUGUCAGAAUCAACCCGACCUACUGCACUACUGAUCGCGUACGACAGUAAUUCCCGCCGUACGACUGUAAAGGUAACGAGUGAACGGAGGGACGUAGGCACAACCGUUGUCGUUAGCAAACUCUUUGCGGCUCUUCCGGUGCGUCACAAGGAUUUCGUACGGGGUAGGAAGAAGCAGCUUCUCGCCGCUACCCUACUGAUGAAGCAGUACGCCCUUUCACACCCCCACGUGCGCUUGUUGAUGACCCAUCGUGCGGGACCUGACAGUGCCCCCGUUACUCUGGUGUCGUUGACGGGGACGGGCGACCCCCAGCGAGCCCUUGCUGAGGCGUACGGUGGACGUGUUAUCGCCAACAUGGAGCGUGUGGAGUGGGAACUGACUUUUGGGACAAUUACGGGUUAUGUUUCGAAGGGGAAUGCCGGCAGACUUUCCUCCGAUAUGCAAGUGUUUGCACUGGAUGGGAGGCUUGUUGACCUCCCCAUGAUGGCCAAGGCGGUUAACGAUGCCUACGCCGAAUCCCUGCCAAACGCCGCGCAGCGCACAUUUCCUGCCUUCUUCCUGCAUGUCAGCUCUGGUGAGUCACUUCCCUACGAUGUGAAUUUAGUUCCUGACAAACGCAAAGUUCUCAUUUCGGAUGAGGAGAGACAUGCUGGGGAGGUUCGUACAUGCGGUCUUCGAACGUUCCAGGCAUCAACUGACGGAAUAGAUCUGCCCGUGCGCAACGAAGGCGGAUGGAGACACGUACCGGAGCGCAGGAACACACAGGAGACAAUGCCUACACAAACGCCUCUUUCUGCUACAUCUAUUGCACAGUUCAUCUAUCAGCGGCGGGAAACAUCGCAGGGAGACAACCUUAUUGACAAUGCUGCGGUGGCGCAGGUGCAGCCCUCCGUUUGCUUAAGUCAACUGUUGUCUGGAAGCUCGCCUAUUGGACGGACAUCCUCCCCUGAUGCUACCGCUUCCCCAACCAGCACCACCAACCGUGCACCAUCGGAGCGUUCUGCAGGUUCUGUUGAAUCAGUCUUGGAGUAUCCCUUGACCUUUGAGCCAACCCAGAAGAGGCAGCGGUUGGAGUCCUCAGCGGAAGAAGGAAAUACCGGUGACACUGAUGGUAGCAGCUGGGGUGAAGAAGAUCCCCGGGAGCUCGGACCGGAAGAGAUGAUGGGGACUGAUGAUGCAGUUGUGAAUUACGUUACCGACGAUACGAAUCAACAGCGACCCGGUCCCCCUCGCUCUUCUGUGAGGUUUCCUCCAUUUUCAGUUUUGGCUGAGAUGCCACUGGUUCACUCCCUUGGAGAAUGGGCGGCUCCGUCCCAACCUUCCGAUGGGGGAGGUGUUCGAAAGUUUUCGAGGCUUCAGAAACAAACCGAGGAGGAGCUCACGUUGUAUUUGGGGAAGGAGUCGUUCAAAAAUAUGGUUGUACAUGGUCAGUUCAACCAUGGCUUCAUUGUAACUUCACUGGACGACAACAUCUUUGUGAUCGACCAGCACGCUGCCGAUGAGAAAGGCAACUAUGAACAUCUAAUGAGUCAUUAUGUAGCCAGGCCACAACCCCUCUUUUCUCCAGUACCUGUGUCGAUGGAGCCCCAGGCUGUGGAUUUGGCUGUUGAUCAUGCUGAAGAACUGCGGCAACACGGCUUCAUCGUGCAGCGGAGUGACGACACCAAUAAGUUGCUGGUGCUAUCAGUGCCUGUGAUUCCUUACGAGGUUGUGGACCCGCAGAACGUCGUAGAGCUGAUUAGGCAGUUAGUGCAUUACAAUACGAUCAGUAAACCGAUGCGAUGUGUGUGGCACUCAAUGGCAACUAAGGCAUGCCGUUCUAGCAUUAUGGUUGGAACGAUGCUUAGUGAGAAGAAAAUGCGGUCAGUCGUGGACCGAAUGGGUGAGCUGGAACAGCCGUGGAACUGUCCACACGGGCGACCGACCGUGCGGCACGUCUCCAAGAUUUCUUCGUUGGUUUCCUUAAUGACGAAGUCCCGCCGUGCGUGA